UCUAGAAAUAUGCUAGAAUCUAAUGAGGCAUGGGAAGAGGAAGUGAGUCUCUGCCUUCCCUUCUCCCAGAGCAAGUGACCACGCUGGGGCAGCCCAGCACUUUCUUUGCUGGACCGUCACACAUCAGGCUCAACAAAACAGCACAAAGGCCUGUAUCCUCUCCUGCCUGGCUGCUGAUACAGCAGUGUAGCUCUCUCAGCAAGCAUUUCCCCUCCUGGUUAGAUGGAUAUGAACAUGCAAACAUUUAUUCAUCUAGGAAUCCUAGGCAUGACACACGCCGCCAUCUUGCUGCUUCUCCUGGCAGGUGGACUGCUGACAGCUUCGACCUUCAAAAUUUGUGCUUUCAACAUCCGCAGCUUUGGGAGAGCCAAAGCAUCGAACCGGAAGGUCAUGGGAACUCUUGUCCAGAUCCUUUCUCGCUGUGAUAUCUCUGCUGUGCAAGAGGUGCGGGAUGCCAGGGGCUCAGCUAUUCGGAUACUACUUCGGGAGUUGAACAGACAUGAUUCUUCUCAUCACUACCGCCAUCUAGAGAGCAAGAGGCUGGGGAGAGGCAGCUACAAGGAGCAGAUGGUCUUUGUGUAUCGGAAGGAUAUUGUGUCGGUUAUUGACUGGUGCCAAUUGGGGGACUCUGAAGCCUUUGUUAGGGCACCCUUUGCUGCCCGCUUCCGUUCUUCAUACACAGCCAUCCUAGAGUUUGUCCUACUCCUACAUCAUGCCAGUCCACGAGAAGCUGCCCAUGAGCUAGACCUGCUGUUUGAAGUGUGCAUGGAACUGAUGCAAAAGUGGAAAACGGAGAAUGUGAUGGUGCUGGGUGAUCUCAAUGCUGCUGGUGCCUACGUCCCGGCAAGUGCUUGGGCUGGAAUCCGUCUGCGUAAUGACCCUGCCUUCCACUGGCUUAUCAGUGAUGCAGUGGACACCACAGUCAGCCACCGGACUUGCUGUGCCUAUGACAGGAUCAUAGUCCACGGGGAAGAGCUACUUGCUGCUGUUGUGCCUGGAUCAGCCAAACCUUUCAACUUCACAGAGGUACUUCGACUAACUGAAGAAGAGGCUCUCGAAGUCAGUGACCACUACCCUGUAGAGGUGAACCUGCAGCUUUCUCCUAAGGCUCAACGAGAGCUCUAAGCCUUUAACAGUCCUAUUCAUUGAAACUAAAGGUGAAGCAAAGGGAA